AUGAAUUCUCCUGAGGCAUUUCAUAUGGAAAUGAUAAAGCUUCUUGGCACACCCCCAAAACUUUCCAGUGGUGCACUCCUUGUCAAGUGCGCAACUGAGGACGGAGUGACCAAACUCCUGGAUACCACGACCUUCGGCGGUAUUCCAUGUAAGUACGAGAGUUACCAGAAAUUUAACCGCUCGAAGGGCGUCGUCCGCAGCCAUGAGCUGAAAGGCUGCUCCAUGAAAGAGAUUGUGGAGCACUGUGAGUUUGAUCUGACUGUCCUCACGACGGGAACAAUUUACCCCGGAAAUUCUGUCCGCCUGCAGAUCAAGUAUUCAUAUGCCGAGCGAGUGAGAGAAUCAUUUACUGCCAGAAUCAAAACAGUGAAAGGCCAAAACCGGGAGUGGUCUUGCCAGAUUCUUAAGGAGUUCGAGGAGCAGCUGGAGAUUAAAUCAGCCGGGGACAUAGAAUACUACGCCCGGACCUUCUCCUUCACUUUCCCGAUCGCUGAAGCCUAUUACGUGGACGUGCAGUCAUCGACAAGUCACGCUUCAACAUAUGUGCACGUGAUGGAACCCCUUAUCAGUGACAGUUGCUUUUUGAAUUCUCGUAUCAUGUCGCCUUCAACGAAUUUGCAUGCAAACAUGGUAGAUAGAGGCCAGGAGAUACUUCUUAAGAUGGAGCCCUACUCGGAGACUGGUCCAUGUGCCGGUGUUAAGUUAAGAUGGAGAUUUUAUCGUAUCGAUCCUCUCUUCACGUCCGAGACUUGUGAGGGGCCAACCUUAAUCCGAAGAUUCGUGAUGUCCAUGUACAUGGGCCAGAGGACCUUUAUUCCAGCGAACGUGUACUUGAACCAGAAAACCGUGCUGCUGCCUGCCAACGCUAUGCCACCCUCAAAUAUGAUGAUAACUGUACAGUGGACGUUCGCCAAAUAUCAACUUUACUCUUAUUUUUCACGGACAAUUGUGAAGUUCAGAGCACUCACGAAUUCGGCCCAAGUAAUUCGCAUGAGCGGAUUUCCAAUCGUCGAUACGCUCCAGUGGCCAACCGGAGCUGACAUUCAGCUGGAUUAUUCAGAAAGUGAGAAUACCGAUUUUACACCCGAAUCAUGCUCCCGCCUUCCAAACCAGCUGACUUUCCAUAUCUUCAUGAGUAUAUCAUUUCCUAGCCAAGGGUACUUAUCGACGGAACUUCAACAAUUUUCCAAAACGGGAAAACUGGUGUUGCCAGGAUCUAUGCUGAGGCAGGUCAACCAGACCUUCACAUUGAAAUUGAAGAUAAUCAGCCCAACUUCUGAAGUCGUCAUGCGAAUCAAUGUGAUCAAUUUACCUCAAAUUCCAAAAAUAAUUCUUCGGUGUUACCUCAACUGUGGCAGUGUGGCAGCAUCUAGUGCAGCGAUCAUCUUCGUAGCGUUUUGCUCUGACUGCAGCCGGCCGGAGCAUACGUUUACGACAUGGACCGUAUACGACGAGAAUGGGGAGACUCUUGGGGUGUACAGCUCCCAGUAUGCUGUACUACAAAACCUGCCCCCAAAAAGUUUGUGGGUUCUAAAUG